AUGGGUUGGACCCGAUGUAUCAGUGCUAGAGCCUGGGAUGAGUUAAAUCGUGUACUUGAGUUAAUCCCUCAGGGAAACGACGCGAUCAGUUGUGGCAAUAGCACUGGGCUUCAAUGUCCCGAGUGCUCAGACAGCAAGAGCUGCCGAUAUACCGUUCCCCUCUACUGUGUCCAAUAUGCUACAUCUGCCUCCAGGAGGAAUACAGAGGCCGAAUCAAAGAAAGGCGGCUGCGGCCUAACCAUUGGCGGCAUCAUUGGCGGUAUUAUCGCUAGCAUUGUAAUAGUUUUCGCCGCUACAUAUUUAGUUUGGAGGCUCUAUAUCAAGCCUAAGAGGUCACAGAGUCCCACAUCUAUCCAUGUCUUCGACAUGGACCCUAUGCAAGGUUCCGAAAAGGAUGCCGCCUCGAGGAGAACUUCUCUCUUAUCGACACAUACCGUUCACUCUAUGGCUCCCACCAUUCUUACUCGAGCCUCCAAUAUUAUACAGAUCGCCUACAUCCCCGGCGUUACCAACCGAGCGGCUCUGACGUCAUCAAACCUUGUUGUUUCUUCCGUCCCGCUGACCCCCAUGCGUCACACGGAGGGCAACCGAGGCCAUGAGAACAAUGACCAACACUUUUUCUUCCCUUGCGACCUUCAAGGAUCGACCCAUUCGAAUCUAUCUCGGUAUUAUCAACAGGCGAUUUAA